AUGACCAUAUCCGACGACAACAUAGCACAUCAUAACAGCCAACCUAGCGAACAACCUACCACAUCACAACAUCAGACCAUAUCAGCAAAAAUCCAGCAUCAACCACAACAUCAAACAUCACCAAUCGCCCAUCAGCAACAGCCAACAUCACCCAACGAACAGCAGCAACCAUCAACAUCAUCCAUCCAACAGCAACCACGAUCAUCACCUAUCGAACAGCAGCAACAAUCAUCACCUAUCCAACAACAACAACCUUCGUCAUCAAACAUCCAACAGCCACAGCACCACGUAAACAACGAAUCAGCAUCCAUGAACACAUCAACCGACCAGUCACAAUCCGGAACAUCCACUAAUCUCUGCUACCGCACUCUUACCUACAUUCCAUCACUAUCCACCAGAAUCAUCAGGGACCUGAAAAAGGAUUUCAAAAACAUUAAAAUUGCCCAGAAAACCGUCAACAACAUCGGAAAAUUAUAUCCGAUUGUUAAAGACCCCAUAUUGCCAGCUCAACAGUCCAACAUAGUCUACAGUAUACCAUGCCGUGAUUGCGAGAAAGUUUACAUCGGAUUGAGCACGAAUACACUCACAAAGAGAAUGUAUGGGCACAAAUCCGAUGUGAACAAAUACGAAAAGAUAUUGGAGAGCGGAGUCACCAGCAUCACCGACAUCAAAUCAAAACUGGGAGAUACCACAGCUAUGACGGAUCAUGUUAUCAAAACAGAACAUCGAUUCGAACACGCGAGAGCCAAAAUCAUCGAUAGAGCGCAAUACACAUCAACGCUCCGUAUAUUGGAGAUGUGCCACAUCACCAAUACAGAAAACACCGUCAAUUACAGGACAGACACAGCAAAAUUAAAUACAACAUACGCAGGAAUACUACACACAGUCAAAACCACAUCCAAAAUUAGCAGUAAUAUUCGUUCCAAAACACAAAACCCACACAUUGUAAAUAGUCCAACAGCACAACUUCCACCCAUUACCUCAGAUAGCCCGGCCUCCAACCUUAUCCACACAUUCCACACAAUAGAUUCCAUAAUUUGA